AUGAUGAACUCUCAGCUUUGCCGCUCUGCGCUCACCAUCUCGAGAGGAAUUCACUCCAAGGGCGCAGCGUCCAUUUUGCAGAGAUCACUACAUGCCAGCUCCUCCCUAUCCGAUCGAAAUCCCACAAAGCACGAAUGGUUGGUCUGGCUACCUGAUCACGAAGGGGCUUUGCAGCGCAGACUCCAACAUAGACCCCGCCAUCUCUCCGAACUCUCCAACUACCCCUCUGACUUCCUCCUCUGGGGCGGACCCUAUCUCCGCAAACCCGUCGUCAGCAGCAGUAGUACAAAUAGCAUCCAAGAACCUCUCGACAUGUCCGGCUCCGUCCUCCUCGCGUGGGCCAACUCUCCCGAAGAAGUCAAAGAUGUUCUGCAAAAGGAUAUUUUUACAAAGGAAAAAGUGUGGAAUUGGGAGGAAAUUAGAAUUUUGCCGUUUAAGAGUACGGUGAGGAAGGCGAUGUGA